GGGACUUGCGGUGGUCUUGAUUAUUAGGAUAGUUACUUUGGCAGCAAAGCUGGGCCCGCCAAGUUUCUCAGCUUGCUUGAGCCAAGCUUGCGCUAGCAAAUUUUCAUGGCUUAUCGCCGACCAUGAUGGAUGAUAGUCUUAAUCAGUCCAUAGUCGAAUAAGAAACAUGCUCUCAUGUAUUAAAAUAAAGUGGGACUUAUAUUCGACCGGUGAGUCGGUGACCCGACUUGUCCUCCCAGGUUCCCCCACCAACCUUUCUGUCCAUCUCCUCCAUGUCGGACAAGCGGGAUAUCGAAAGUAAUGACUCUACGACAAUAACGAGCUUGAAGAAGUACCUCUUCACGGAUAUCGAUGGAGACAAAGCCUCCGCUCCGCUGUCUGCAUAUUGUUUUAUGACUGGUUUUAUCGACGCUGUCUCUUUCUCUGCUAUCUUCGUAUGGUGUGCUUUUCAAACCGGAAACACUGUACAGCUCGGACUCGCCAUCGCCCGCCUCUUCAAUGGCCAACAUGACCACUCUUUCCACAUUGCAGAUCAACAAGCCCUCUGCUCCAUCCUCACAUUCAUCUUUGGGGCAUCCAUCGCCCGCAUCGGCGACAAGAUGGGCUGCAAAACUCGGGCAUGGCUGGCUCUCGGCACUUUAAUCCAGACCCUCUUUACCAUGGCUGCAGCCAUCGCCAUCUGGAAGAGCGGACAGAUGAGCGUCGCGGAUUCACGUGAUAAUCCAGCGUGGACCAAUACGUUGUCCUUUGUCUGUGUUGGGUUCAUGAGCGCAAGCAUGGGUCUCCAAGGAAUCAUGGGCAAGAGAACGAAUACACAGUUUACCACGACAGUGGUAUUGACGACGACUUGGUGUGAGCUGAUGGCUGACCCUCAGCUUUUCAACAUUCGUCGACUCGUCAUCUCCCGAGAUCAUAAGAUCCUUGCCAUCGGCUCGUUGUUUUUGGGCGGGUUUUUGGGGCGUGCAUUACUCGACGUAAUAGGGUCCGCUGGUACUCUUGGCGUUGGCGCAGGCUUGAGGUUUAUUGUCAGCAUCUGGUGGCUCUUUGUCCCCGGCAAGGCAGCGAAGCGGUGACCGUCAAAGUCCAUAACAUUUACUGUAAGCAAACAUAGAUGCGUUGUAGAACUGAUACGAGCGUUGUUUUUUUGUUCAAUGAUGAGGAACUCCUCUUACGUUUAGCGUUGAUGGGAACUUGUACACAUCAAUACUGAGCAGACCUGCAGCUUCACACCUCACAGGUUUGUAAUUUUUGUGGGAGAUUAAUGA